GGCUUCCCAGGCUGCGCGCCCCCCGCCUUCACCUCCACGGGGGACCUUCGGGCUGGACUCUUCGGCCACAGCGUCACGAGGAAACUUCUGGGUUGAUCCCUAGCUGACGAUAGACAGCGAAGAAAGGACGCGGGUUCCUAGCAUCCUCCGUAGCAGAAAACCCAGAACUUCAAUUUGCACACUCCGAUUUGUUUGAAAUAAAGGAUCUUGGGACUGGCUCUGCCUAAUUGGUCAUUGGUUUCUCAACAAACAUGGAGAUAAGAUUAGAAGUUUUGACAUCAACAAGUAUCAAACAGAAGAAACCCUGGCCUAGAGUUUCCUGGUUGGGUCAUGAAAAUGAAGGUGUAUUUCUUUUGGAUGAGAAAUCCAUAAAUGAGAUUAAUUUAUUGUCAGGAAGAACAAAGAAGAAGAUUCCUAAUUUGCAGCCUUUGUUGAAAGAUGUUUUUUUUCUGGCAACAUCCACUAAUGAUGUGUGGCUGUCCGGGGUCCUUACUACAGGAGAGCUUUUCCUGUGGAACAAAGAUCAAGAUUGUUUGAAAACUAUACAAGUGACUGAAAAGCCUAGAGAAGUUAUUAAAGCCACAGUAGCAAGCUCUUCAAGGCUGUACUUAUUUGUAGCUGAAAAUGGGAAAAGAGUUCUGCUUAUUACAUCUUCUGGCUGCAUACUCCUGUGGGAAUAUUUGGAAUUGAAGAGUAUCUUAUCAUCUAAAAGCCUUUCAUUGGUGGGUCAGUGGUCCCAGAUCACACCUGAAGAUGCAGCUGUAUUGCCUUCCACGAAAGAUAAAGAAGCUGUAGUGGAUGCUGUUUUUGUAAAAAAUGAGUUAUAUGGCGACUGCUGCCUGUGUUCGUUUACUUUUUAUUCUGGAGAAUGCUUGAAGUUAACAUUUCUGGCCAUUCACUGGUAUGAGACUGUAUUUACAUCUGUAAGAUCAUUGCCAUUCCGUGUUCACUGGGCACAACGGGAAUGUCUUCUGUGCAGUAUGAUUCCUAAGUGUGCAUCAGUAAAGUCAAGAGGAGCUCUGAUCUCUGCUUUCUCAAGAGAUGGCCUAGCCCUAGCAGUAACUCUUAAUCAGAAGGACCCGCAGGCAACUCAGGUAUUAUUUAUAAACACACUGAAUUUUGUUACUCUCUGUGGUGGCCUGAAAGGAUGUAGUAAUAAGAAUCCUGUGGUCCCAGCUACACUUACCAGGUCAUAUUGGGUAGGUGACAUCAGCUGGACACAUGACAGUCUUUUUCUGGCUUGUGUAUUAAAGCGAGGCUCCCUGGUUUUAUUCACCUGCCUAGGUGACUUGCUAACAUUAGUUACAUUUGGUUGCUCUGUAGAAUUUGGGCCAGCUGAAUUUAUUCCUCUUCACCCACUAAUAACAUAUAGACCACAGCAGCUCACAUUUCAAGACCCAAAUAAUUCUGUAGACUCGUCAGCCUCUGAGAGUGACCCGCUGAGACAGAGGUUUUCUAUAAAAGCACACUCACGCCUACCCUACCUUAUUAUUUCUGAUGGAUACAUGGUCACAACCCUCCGGUUUUGUGAUAACCAGUCUCCUACAGUGCUCAUGAGGUCGUUGCUACUUGAUUCAACCCAGAGGCUUGGGAAAGUAUACCAAAGUGUGACGCUGUCUAAGCCAAAGGAUAAAGGGCUGAAUUUUCGAUCUCUGGAUUCUUUGAGGUCUAGCCUGUUAAAGCGUCAAGGAAAGGAAAGUUCAGUACACUGCAUGGUCCCCAGAUUCUUGCAGGCAGAGGAAACAAUGAAAUUAAAUGAAAGCACAGAUUUCCAGGAUUUUGAUGGAGAAGAAACUAAUGAGGUUGAACAAUUUCCAGACAACUUAUUUUCUUUCUGUAACCAAAGAAAAGACCUACUGUUGAGCAUUGUCAAGGAGGGAAGAUUGGAAUUUGCAUCUAUGUUUGAUACAGUUCAUGCAAAGGAUGAUUCCAAGGAGACAGACAGAACCACUGCAGAACUGCACUGUAUCCAGAAAGAUCUACUUGCAGCUUGGACUAUAGGAAUUUCAAGAAAUGUAACAGAAAGAAAGUUAAUGUUAAAUUACACAGUACUUUGCAUCACUCAUUUUUUCUAUAUUCUUCAGUUUAUAAAAUGUCCUUUGCCUAAAUUGGAUGUGUUUUUAAAUACGACUCUGAAGCAUAAUGCAUGGAUACUUUGUAUCUUUCAGCUUUUCCAUCAGUGUCUAUCAGUCCACUAUUGGGAUAUGAGAUGCAGACAAAACAUGUGCCAUUUGAUAAAGCUCACCUCAAAUACUGUAAAGCUCUUACUGACUCAGCAGCAAACAAAUGGAUUAUUCUCAGAGAAACUGUUAGCUUGCUUUUCUUUACUCCGGACUGUAGCUGACUAUUUAAAUGGCAUAUGCAGUCUUCAGCCCGAGGCUGUUUCGGCAUCGGCUGAUGAAAGCAGAACAGCCGAGCUAGACUCAUUGAUGGUUCCUAUUUUUCAGUCUUCUGAGGAAAGUUGGUCUUGGGACUCAGCUUUAAAGAUUUUUCCUCAAGUGACAAAUCUUGUUCAAAAGCCAGGUCACAGAUUGAUUGCUCUUUGGAGACUAUUGUACAAAAAAACCUUAUGGUAUGAAGCGCAGUUAAGCCGAAGAAUUCCUGACGAUGACACACAGUUAACUGAAAAUGUAACACAUGAAGUAUCCUUUGUCAAGACUCUGUUAUCUCAUCUCCAGACUAACCUGCAGAUGGCCGGGGAUACCUUGAAUCAAACCUUAGAACUUACACCUAUUGGUGGUGAAGAGUGUUUUCUGCUAGCAUCAUAUGAAAAAUCAGUUUGUCUGUGGAAGAAGGCUCUACAAGAAACCCAAGAGAAAGGAGGAAGAAGGACGGGCUUUCUUCAGUUACGCUACUAUCUCUCGCUCUUGUACUGCCAUCUCUACUGCUAUAACUUAAACGAUGCUCAAGGACUAUGUGACCACCUAGUAAGAGAGAUGCUCAGCUGGGCCCAGCUACCUGUUAAAGAAAGGAAAGACUGCUUGGAUUCUGAGAAGUCUCAAUGUGAGCUUGCAGUGACCGGAAAUGUGCACCCUCAGGCCGCACUCGGGGUUGUCCAGUGCAUGGCGCGGUUCAUGGCUGCCUAUUUCACCAAUGAGCCACUGUUCAUCCUGCCGCCUCACAGUGUGAAUGUUCUUCCUCCACUUCAUAUUAAAGCAGACCAUUCCCUGCGACUUAUUCCUCUACAACACUGUAAGGUGGCCAGUUUUGUUAGAGAUCAGAACCUCUCAAAUGUGUGGACAGUUGAGUAUGCCCUUGAAUUAUUGUUUAUUGGUGGCCUGAUUCCAGAGGCUGUGUGGUUGGCACAUAAACUUGGAGACUGGAAGACAUCUGUUUCUAUUGGCGUGGCCUUCCAGGUGUUUUGUAAACAUGAUCGUAAUUCUGUGAGGUUCAAGAAAAAGGGUAUGCACUUACCAUUAAAUAUGGUACCAGCACAGAUUUUCCAGGAAAAACUGCAGUGUUUUUUAGGUCAGCCGGUCUCUUUGGAAACAAAAAAUGAAAAGGGCUCAAUAUAUAAACAAUUUACAGAUCCCAUUGAAGAAGAAGAUGCCAGUCUGCUCUUUGGCUCUGUGCAAGAAGUGCUGAAAGCUGCAGUCAUGGCUGACGCGGAUAUUGUUUCAGUGACACUGCAGCUAUUGAUGGACUCGGCCAAGGUACUCAGUAAGAAGCUGUGGGGCUUAGUCCCCAUCGACCUGUAUCUUCCAGCACCCCCGCUGUAUUGCCCCCAGCCAGCUGUUCUUAGUGAGGAACAUGGUGACAAUCUACUUUUAAAAGCUGAAAAAGAUAAUCGCCAAAAGCUGUCUGGAAUCCUGCAGCGAGUUCUCUUGCUUUUCCGAGCUGCUCGGUGUUCUUUUCCUGUAGCGCAGUGGUACAUCUUGCAGCUGAGGUGGGCAAGAAAAGUCAUGCAGAAGAUUCGCAUGAAAGGGUCCCUUCCUUCACUUAGCUCUUUCCCGGAAUCCUUACUUGAUUACUGUAAAGGAGGGAUAGCAUUCUUUAGACCUGGAGCAGCCGGAGACCACAAGCUUGAUGACGUUUCCAUCACAGCCCUAGGUUGCUUCAGAGAACUUUGUGCUUUGUGUUGGAUGUUGCAUAUCCGUGAUAAGUUAUCGCACAGUUGCAGGCAGUAUCAGAAAGCAAGAGAAAAUGUGAAGGUAGAAAAGGACCUUGAAGUGGAGUUCGAUUCUUCUGUGGUUGAGCACUGUUUUCAUACGCUGGAAUGGGCCUGUAGAAUGUUACCAUUCUCUCGGUUUUUUAAUAUGGAAGAACUUAUUCAGGAUAUAAUUUUGAGCCUUAUUGGAGAACUGCCUCCAGUUAGAAAGGUAGCAGAAAUUUUUGUGAAAGCAUUUCCCAAUCCCGAGGCCAUAAGAGUUCCUUUAAGAGAAAAGUACCACUCUCUCCAUCAGAGACUCAGACGCGGUGUUGUGACAGGUCCUCAGACUGAAGAACUGAUGUCUGUGGUCAUGCAUUCUGCCCAUAAAGUGAGGCUGAAAGCCCUAAAACGUGUGCAGAGGAACAUAGGCACUUUUGAACUGAAUCUAUGGGAGCCAGAUGAAGAAGAAAAGCCAGCUGCUGCUCCAGCUUCUGACAGGGUUUCCCUGGGGACCAGUGUGAGCAGAAGCACACUCACAGAACUGGGCAGCUCUCUGCUACACAGCGAUGCAGAUACAUUCUCUGAAACGUUGUCUUUUGAAGAAAAAACUUGGAUCCACUUGUAUCAAAGACAUGCUCCAAAUCAUAUGGAUUUAACAUUGGCUGGGAAGCCCAAUGAUAAAAAGAACAUAUGUAAUCAGAAAGAAAACUCCCAAAGGAAAGAAGGUCAUGAAGCAUUAGGGGAAAAAGCACUUCCUGCAGUUGGAGUUUGGGAAUUUGAGCGUGAUGAUGAUGAGUACAUUAAAUUCCUUGAGCUAUUUUUGAGCUAUGUUCUUGAAAGAGACUUUUGUUCCAGUGACCCUGGCAUUCCAUUUUUGACAAGCUUUUCUGGGCCCCUUAGAGAAUAUGAACUGAAUUCUUUACUUUUCGAUGUACACACAACAUUAAAACGACGCCACAGCAAAGCUGGAAGUGAGAAUGUGUAUAGAGCUGGUGCUUGCUUUGUUGUCACUCCUGAGUCACAGGAAUCUGAAAAACUAUCCUCUCUAAACAGUGUGUGUGCCCAGAAUUUAGAAAGCCAGGCACUUUCAGAACUAGCUAACAGGUUGGCGAGCACUGCAGAAAACCCUCUACCUGAAGUCACGAAAAACGAAAGAAAGGUGGGAUUGUUUGGCUUAAAACAAAAGCCAAUUUAUAGAAUUCAAGCUGACCAACGAGAGAAACCGCUAAUGCAGAGCUCAUCAAACUACUCCUUUUGGAUUCCCAAGUCUGUUAAAAGGGGAAGAUACGGUUUCCGAGCAAUUGGUUGCAGUGCUGGCAACCCUCAGGAAGACCUUCCUCUGGCACUUGAGGACAUGUUUGGCGAUGCAGGGAGACUGGUGGAGUGGAUGGUACGGUGGUCUGACCGGAGGCUCCUCUGUGAUCCUGGAGCCGCACAGCCGUUCUGUAAAUACCGCCCAGUGAUUCGUGUAAAGACCUCUACAGCUGCCAUUCUUACCUCACUGUGGCUUCUGGAACAACCCUAUGCUGCUGCAUAUAGGGCAAAAAUUGGCAUGGUUAAGGUGCCAGAGAAUCAUUACUCCAAGUCUCAAGUGGCAGCCGAAGGAGAGAGCAACACUGCUGCGGACUCGCCAGUUGCAGUAGCAGCCCAGGCUGGAGCUGAGGCGGGAAAUCGCAGCAGGCAGAGCUUCUGGAAUAGAAUCCCAGCUGAAGCAGAAAAUCCUGAAGUGACAGAAACUGCUGAGAUUCUAGCCGUCACUCAUGAGACUGAUACAGAACGUGUAGAUGUUGACGAGACUCAGUCAGAAGUAGAAACAUUCACACAGGUUGAAACAGAUACGCACAUCUCAGACUGUGAAGAAGGACCUGUUGGGAGUCUCAGAGAUCCCUGUGCUGCUGCCUGCAUGCCAGCAUCACAGCUCUUAUCAGAGCAUUCCACAGAAGCGGUUCAGUGUUCCAGGAAAGAACCACUGGAGACCAAUGUGGAUCCAAAAUUGACAGAACAGAAAGGUGCACAGAUUUCCGAACUUAAAGACAAGUCCUCCACAGUGCCAUCCCGCAUGUCAAAUGGAGCCCAUGCUACUUCCCGAACACCUGCUCCAGCGCCUCAGAAGACUCAGAGAAAUGAGCACAGCGCUCAGUUACCAGAGUCUUCUGAUUCUGUUAGGCAGAUGUUCCAAGAAGAGAUGUUUAAAUUAGUUCAGCUGCAACAAAUCAAUUUCCUGAGCCUAAUGCAAAUAGUAGGGCCAUCCAUUGCUAAUCGCCCAGACACACAUAGACUUCUUCAGCAGGUUCAGUCUGUGCAUUUUGAGGAAAGCCACGUGUCAAACCCUACAAGGAGUGGUCACACUGAAGUCAACAGCAGACAGAGAUUUUCUGCUAAACCACAGUCUAUGGGAGAGUGCACCGGGGAGCCUGGCAAGAACAGCCCACCAGGCCAUGAAGGAGUUAGCCAACCUGAUCAAGAUACUAAUGGAGAUACGCAGGAUAUUCUGCAUGGGAGCAUUCCUUUGUGUCAAUUAGAUGGCCAGCCUAAGAUGAGAGGACAAAGUGGAGUAUCUCAAAGCAUCGCACCCACUUGUUUUUCACACACUCCUGCUGGAGAUCCUGGCCUCCAGCUUUUGUCCACACCCACUGCUGUCCAGAAGACUCCUCAGCUGAUCCCACCUGCCAAAGCCCUCACUCCUGGGAGUGGCUUUCCACUGCUUCAUUUUCAGCCCAAACAUGAGUUCAGACCCCUUUCCUUACCUCUAGGAAGAAUUCCAGGAGUUUGUUUCAGGACUCAGGCCCAACCAAAAGAGGCCUGGGGAGUCUCUGAUUCUCGCCAACCUCCUCUGUUUCAGAGGACAGUGCACACCACUUCACCAUCUGGUGCAGGUCCAAGCCACCCUAAUGCUGCAGCCGGGAAGAAGGCAGAGGCUGUACUCACAGACAUCCCUCUGCAUGAGAACUUGGAUCAGUGUGCUGGGCAGCAGUAUGUGACUCCUCAGCAGGGUUCUUCAGUAUUUAUGAAGCCAGAAAAUGUGUCUGGUGUUACACCAGGGCCCACCGGGACAGCUCCUCAGCAUAUUUUUGGACUUCCUUUAUUACAUCUGCAAUUUAAGUCUCCUCAUAUAUUCUCAACAUUACCAAGAGCGUCAAGUAGAUUUCCUUCAGUACCUACUAGUUCUGACACAGAAGGAAAAAAAUAUCCACAACUGUCAUUACUUCAUUCAUGCUUGCCCCCAGAGAAUACGUAUAAGAAGCCCCAGCUUAUCCCUCUUGAAAAGCUCAUGGCAUUUAAGAGAAGCCAACAAAAACUAGCACAUGAUGUAUUUGAACAAGGUGAUUGUGGCCGUCUUCAGCUGCUGAGGGUCAAUGAGGAAGCAGCUAACAUAUCCCAAGGGAAGAAGAGGCAAAGUAGACGGGCUGCAAGGGAGCUGCAAGAAGGCAGAGCCCAGAAGCCGAGAGGAAAACCAAGCGUUAGUUUCCGGCCAGAGGACUCCCUCAUUGGUAAUGAGUCAAAAGUGAUCAUGGGACCCAAGGAACAACAAACACAUGGUGACUCUCAGCCUGUGGAUAGAUUUGACAUUCCUUUUGAAACGUUAGAAGAUGAUAUUAAUACUUCGGCUGGACUGCAUUUCAUGGCCUCUAUACGAAAGAAAGCUGUGGGACGUCAUGAUGCAAGUACAAACACAGACCCAGAUAAGGAAGGUACUUCUCAAGAAGUUGAUUCUGAACAUGGUAAAAAUCAACAAGUCAUUUCUGCCAACACAGGCCAUGAAUCUUUGACUGUUCCUCAGCUCUUGAUCCCCGAUGUAUAUCUAAAUGUCAGACUUCCCACUGGACUAACAGAGAAACCUUUAUCUCCUUCCCCACCUCAUAUGGCUAGACACACUUACAUAGAUGUGAUUGACAUUGAAGCUGAUGACCUGAUGGAGUUACCUGCCAGUGAAGACCCGUCACACAAUGCUCUCAAGCAGCAGGGCUGUCCGCCAGAAGGUCCAUCGUCUGCAGAGCUACACUGUAUGGCAGCGUCAGUUGUUAAUGCUGUUCCCCCUCAUACCUCUGAGAGUCAAGAAUCUGCAAGUUCUAUUCUGGGUUUAAUAUCUGAACCUGCAAAGAUGACUCAGUCCUGCCUGUGUGGGGAAAGCUGGAGAGCAAGUGUUAUGGAAGUGAAGGAGCCUGGGAUUCCCCCAGUGACGACAUCAGACAGGCAACAGGACAGAGGUGUGCUAGAACAAAACUUCCAGUUCAAGGAACAGAACACAAAAUUGGACUCUGUGGAACAAUCUCUGCUUCGGACCCUGCUACAGGAUGUCCCUGCUGCUUGCCCCACACCAAGCCCUGCUGCUUGCCCCACACCAAGCCCUGCUGCUUGCCCCACACCAAGCCCUGCUGCUCGCCCCACACCAAGCCCUGCUGUUUGCCCCACACCAAGCCCUGCUGCUCAGAAGUUAGUACAUCUUACUGCCAAGCUUCAGAAAAUGGAUGAGCAGCUGUUAACAGUGCAGACCAUCAUGGAGAAUAUAGAGCAGGACUUCCCUGCACCAGAAGUGCUAAAUCUACCCUGGGGAAAGGCUGGAGUGAUGGAUCAUGUUGAAUUGUCAUCUGGCCCUGAAACUGAAAAACCAUUAGCUUCAAAAGCCAUUAGCAUUUCUGAAGAAGUGUGUUUCCAGACUCACGAGGACGUGGAAAAGCAAAAUGAUACAGAGGAAACUUCAGAGAUGGAAUUUUCAGUAGCAGAAAAUCGUUGUAGUCAGAAAGCCUAUGCAUGCCUGUCUGUGGGGUCAGCCGCUUGCUCUUCCGGGGACUGGAACAUCACCUCUCCUGGUGUGAAUAACAGCAAUGAAUUAUUUGAAAGUGUUUCAGAAGACCAACUCCAGGUGACUGGAUUGACUGAUAUUGCUGACAUCAUUGAUGACCUUAUAACUAAGAGUGGAGUGUCCAGCAAAGAGCUUGGCUUAACAGAACAUCAAGCUAGAAAUAUAGCCAGGAUUCAACAUCCUUCUGGCAGAUGCCCCCAAAGAACUGAAAAGGAGAGAAGAGAGAUUAAAAUCUGGAUGAAAAGAAAACAGAAAGAGAGAAUGGCCGAGUACUUAAAUCAGCUGGCAGAGAAGAGGGGCCAGGAGCGGGACCCUUUCUGCCCUAGGAGCACUCCAUUUUAUAUGAAUUCAAGGCAGCUCAGGCAAAGACAGAAGCUGAAACAUGAAAAAGAUAGAUUGCUUCUGUCCAACAACUACCGCCAGCGCGUCUCACAGGCGUACUGCCUGAUGAACGAGCUGCUCUCUGACUCCGUGCAGCUGCCAGCACCUGCAGAGAAGCCCUUACCUAACAGAGCCCGCUCUGCUCAGCACUGCACACAGCGACACUGCUCUUCUCCAAGGAGAGAGAAUGCACGUGGACAGAAUUUCCCAGCUAAUGGACCUGGAGGAAGCAGGCAUGUUCGCAGAUGCAGCCAUCUCCGUCAGGGGAGACCCCGGGGCCAGCCCCGAGGCUCACCUCAGCUGCCAGGUUCUAGCACUCUGUGUCGGGGCCUGCAGCAUACGAAAAGCCCUGGGGCUGCCGAGGAGGCUGCACCAGUGACGGCAUGCAUGGACUAUGAGAGGGAAGAGGCAGUGGUGAGUCCCUGGACGCUGCCCUCGGAGAUCCAGGAGAUUCUUCAUGACAGGCCAGGGUCCUUUCCACCGGAGAUGUCACCAGCUGAAGAAGACGCUGAGCCCUCUUUUUUGGUCGGUGGUAUGGACAGUGUGUCUGAGAGCACUGGUAGCAUCCUCAGCAAGCUUGACUGGAAAGCCAUUGACGACAUGGUGGCCAGUGUGGAGGAUAAAAACCUAUCUGUCCACUGGGCCUUGGACCAGUAG